GACAGAGACUUUGUAUCCGAUGGUAGAUUGCAAGUGUCACUACAAAGCUGUAUGUCUAGUGUCAACAACUACUUGUGUAACUCCACAGUCAGUGUCACUGUUGACAACACAACUCUAGGUCACGCAGUGAUGAACAUGAAGAGUCUGGUGUGGAACGACGGUGCUGGCAGGAAGCCGAAGUCGGCAAGCAGGAGUGCCAACUGUCGCUGUGUUGUCACCCCAACAGUUCCUGCGGCUGGAGUUGAAGCCUGGAUCGAGUUUGCCAUCUCUCUAGUAGUCGACACAGCUGUAGUGAAGAAGAAGUCGUCAGCUAAUGCCCUCAGGGCUGUAGGUGCUGGUGGAGAUGCGGACAGUACGAAGUUGCCUCUACCAUUGAAGCCUCCGACUGCUCGUCUGGCCACCAAGUCUCUCCCCUCCCUACAUGACAGUGUGGCAAUGGCAGGGGGAGGGGGAGGGGAGACUUAUCGGACACAACAACCUACUACCAGUCACACGGUCGUGGUUAAUGUUACAUCUAUACAGCUGGACCUGCAGCCAGACACACAGCUGUGGCUUAGGUUGACUCAGCCGUCAGCUAUGGUGUCGCCAUUCGACCCUGUACCACUACCCCAGCAGUGGUCACCCAUGCAGUAUCAGAUGUCACUUAGAGUGCCUAGUCACUUGGUACACACCAUCCUGACCUCGCAGCCCCCUAGUCUGCAGUUGGGAGCAGACGACACUGUACUCGCCUCUGCAACCAUUUAUCCCACUACGGACGGCUGUAAUACGACAGCAGAGUUGAAGAGCAGUGAAGGAAUGCGAGUUGGCGAAGUGAGUGUUGUAUGGGGGAACAACCAGAGUCCUUCGGCAGAUAUUUGCAGUCAGUCUGCUCCUAUAUUGACAGACACUUCAUUGUCUUCACCAACAUGCUCUCGGCCUAAAUCUGUUGACCCAGAAGUUUUAUCUCCGAGGCAUAGGGAAAUGAAAAUUUUGAGUUUUGUUGAAGAGCUGGAAGACUGGACUGAUAAACAACGACUAAUUGUCAUGGAAGGGCUAAAAGAAGAGGAGGCCGCUAGACUGGCCGCACUACAGGCCCAGUGGGAGACGGAGGUGGGGGGUCAAGUGAGUGAAGGCAGACAACUGCUGCAGACGUUACAUAACAUGCGGGAUGAGCUGAAACAUCAACAGGAUCAACUCAGAGAUAACCAGUACAAGCUCAAAGUUUACAAGGAAGAGUUAGAAAGAGUUCACCGAAGCAAACUUCAAGAGUUUAAGGAUAUAUCUCGUAGGAUGCAGGACGAAUUUAACCACAAGUUGGCGUUGAUUGCUUCUGACAAGGCUGCUCUGGAGCAAGACGUUGAACAAUUGAGAGAAGAGAAUACAGAGAUGAAACAUAAAUGGAGAGAGAUGGAACAAACCAUGAUGAAAGACAAGAGAACGAUCGACACCUUGUCUCAUGAACUGAAUGUGUUAAAAGAACAGCUGAACAUGGAGGUGGAAUCAAAGCGGUUUUUCAAGGAACAUUGUCGCAAGGCAGAGCAGGAAAUACACAGACUGAACUGUCUGAGGCAGGAGGAGCUUGAAGAGAAACUUCUCAGCAAUAAGAAGUCUUUAGAACAUCUUGCGUUUCAACAUAUUAUUGUUGAGAAGAAUGAUCUACGUCAAGACCAAGAACUACUCAACGAGAUCAGGCAACAGCUGUUGAGAGAUCCUGCUGCUAACUACGAUUCAAAUGGAGGAACAGUCUGUAGUGAGCGAACAAAGGACGACAGACACAUUAGAAGAGCUACAUAGCAGAGAAGAAUACUGGCCGAAUGGUCUUGAAUGGAAUAUGGAUUUCAUACCAGAUGAGAAAUUUACCUUCUGCCAGAAGUUUUUGAAAUGCAAGAAAACAUUUCACAGUGGUUUUAUCUUUGGUCCGGCUUGACCAAAUUCUUUCAGGGGUAAAUUUAAAUUUGUAAUUUGGCUUGUUCAAGUUCCUACUUUAUAAUACUUGUCUAUUAUUAAUCAUUGUAAAUUGUAUAGUAAUUUGCACACCGAGACAUUAUUCAGAAUAUUGUAAUAUAUGUAAAUACACGAGAAGUCAAUUAUU